AGGGGCCGCGGCCGCCCCCUGCACCGCCCGGCGCGCUAAGGCCGUGACCGGAGCGGGGGGCGCGGCCGCACUCGAACCCCGGAGCCCAUGGGCGCGCCGAGCCGGGCGCGGGGGCGCUGAGCGGCGGAGCGGGCGCGGCCGGAGGAGCCAUGGACUGCAGCCUCGUGCGGACGCUCGUGCACAGAUACUGUGCAGGAGAAGAGAACUGGGUGGACAGCAGGACCAUCUACGUGGGGCACAGGGAGCCACCUCCGGGCGCAGAGGCCUACAUCCCACAGAGGUACCCAGACAACAGGAUCGUCUCUUCCAAGUACACAUUUUGGAACUUUAUACCCAAGAAUUUAUUUGAACAAUUCAGAAGAAUAGCCAACUUUUAUUUCCUUAUCAUAUUUCUGGUGCAGCUGAUCAUCGACACGCCCACAAGUCCGGUAACAAGUGGACUCCCCCUCUUCUUUGUCAUUACCGUCACGGCUAUCAAACAGGGUUAUGAAGACUGGCUUCGACAUAAGGCAGACAACGCCAUGAACCAGUGUCCUGUUCAUUUCAUCCAGCACGGCAAGCUCGUCCGGAAGCAGAGCCGAAAGCUGCGGGUUGGGGACAUUGUCAUGGUCAAGGAGGACGAGACGUUUCCCUGCGACUUGAUCUUCCUUUCCAGCAACCGGGGAGAUGGGACGUGCCAUGUCACAACCGCCAGCUUGGACGGAGAAUCCAGCCAUAAGACGCAUUAUGCCGUGCAGGACACAAAAGGCUUCCACACGGAGGAGGAUAUCGACGGGCUCCACGCCACCAUCGAGUGUGAGCAGCCCCAGCCCGACCUCUACAAGUUCGUGGGUCGCAUCAACGUUUACAGUGACCUGAAUGACCCUGUGGUGAGGCCCUUAGGAUCUGAAAACUUGCUGCUUAGAGGAGCCACGCUGAAGAACACGGAGAAAAUCUUCGGUGUGGCUAUCUACACGGGCAUGGAAACCAAGAUGGCACUGAAUUAUCAGUCGAAAUCGCAGAAGCGGUCUGCUGUGGAAAAAUCCAUGAAUGUGUUCCUCAUCGUGUACCUCUGCAUCCUGAUCAGCAAGGCCCUGAUAAACACUGUCCUGAAGUAUGUGUGGCAGAGCGAACCCUUCCGGGAUGAGCCAUGGUAUAAUCAGAAAACGGAGUCGGAAAGACAGAGGAAUCUGUUUCUCAAGGCCUUCACAGACUUCCUGGCCUUCAUGGUCCUCUUCAACUACAUCAUCCCCGUGUCCAUGUACGUCACGGUCGAGAUGCAGAAAUUCCUUGGCUCUUACUUCAUCACCUGGGACGAAGACAUGUUUGAUGAGGAGACCGGCGAGGGGCCGCUGGUGAACACGUCAGACCUCAACGAAGAGCUGGGACAGGUGGAGUACAUCUUCACAGACAAGACCGGCACCCUCACGGAGAACAACAUGGAGUUCAAGGAGUGCUGCAUUGAAGGCCACGUCUACGUGCCGCACGUCAUCUGCAACGGGCAGGUCCUCCCAGACGCCUCAGGGAUCGACAUGAUCGACUCGUCGCCCAGUGUCAGCGGGAGGGAGCGCGAGGAGCUGUUUUUCCGGGCCCUCUGUCUCUGCCACACGGUCCAGGUGAAAGACGAUGACAACGUGGAUGGCCCCAGAAAGUCGCCAGACGGGGGGAAGUCCUGCGUGUACAUCUCAUCCUCACCCGACGAGGUGGCGCUGGUCGAAGGUGUCCAGAGACUUGGCUUUACAUACCUGAGGCUAAAGGACAAUUACAUGGAGAUACUGAACAGGGACAACGGCGUGGAAAGGUUUGAAUUGCUGGAAAUUUUGAGUUUUGACUCAGUAAGAAGAAGAAUGAGUGUCAUUGUGAAAUCUGCUGAAGGAGACAUUUAUCUGUUUUGCAAAGGAGCAGAUUCUUCUAUAUUCCCCCGAGUGAUAGAAGGCAAAGUUGACCAGAUACGAGCCAGAGUGGAGCGGAACGCAGUGGAGGGACUCCGGACUUUGUGCGUGGCCUAUAAAAGGCUGAUCCCAGAAGAAUAUGAAGGCGUCUGUCAACUGCUGCAGGCUGCCAAGGUGGCCCUUCAAGAUCGAGAGAAGAAGUUAGCAGAAGCGUACGAGCAGAUCGAGAAAGAUCUUAUUCUGCUUGGUGCUACGGCUGUUGAGGACCGGCUGCAGGAGAAAGCUGCAGACACCAUCGAGGCCCUGCAGAAAGCCGGGAUCAAGGUCUGGGUUCUCACGGGAGACAAGAUGGAGACGGCCGCGGCCACGUGCUACGCUUGCAAGCUCUUCCGCAGGAACACGCAGCUGCUGGAGCUCACCACCAAGAGGAUCGAGGAGCAGAGCCUGCACGACGUCCUGUUCGAGCUGAGCAAGACGGUCCUUCGCCACAGCGGGAGCCUGACCAGGGACACCUUCUCCGGACUUUCAGCAGAUAUGCAGGACUACGGUUUAAUCAUCGACGGAGCUGCACUGUCUCUGAUCAUGAAGCCUCGAGAAGACGGGAGUUCCGGCAACUACAGGGAGCUCUUCCUGGAAAUCUGCCGCAGCUGCAGUGCGGUGCUCUGCUGCCGCAUGGCGCCCUUGCAGAAGGCCCAGAUUGUCAAAUUAAUCAAAUUUUCAAAAGAGCACCCAAUCACCUUAGCAAUUGGUGAUGGUGCGAAUGAUGUCAGCAUGAUCCUGGAAGCACACGUGGGCAUAGGUGUCAUCGGCAAGGAAGGCCGCCAGGCGGCCAGGAACAGCGACUAUGCAAUUCCGAAGUUUAAGCAUUUAAAGAAGAUGCUGCUUGUUCACGGGCAUUUUUAUUACAUCAGGAUAUCUGAGCUCGUGCAGUACUUCUUUUAUAAGAACGUCUGCUUCAUCUUCCCCCAGUUUUUAUACCAGUUCUUCUGUGGGUUUUCACAACAGACUUUGUACGACACCGCGUAUCUGACCCUGUACAACAUCAGCUUCACCUCCCUCCCCAUCCUCCUGUACAGCCUCAUGGAACAGCACGUCGGCAUCGAGGUGCUCAAGAGAGACCCGACCCUGUACAGGGACAUCGCCAAGAACGCACUGCUGCGCUGGCGCGUGUUCAUCUACUGGACGCUCUUGGGACUGUUUGACGCACUGGUGUUCUUCUUUGGUGCUUAUUUCAUGUUUGAAAACACAACCGUGACGAGCAAUGGGCAGAUAAUGACUACCAACACACAUAUGAUAUUUGGAAACUGGACGUUUGGGACGCUGGUGUUCACUGUGAUGGUGUUCACGGUCACACUAAAGCUUGCAUUAGACACACACUACUGGACUUGGAUCAACCAUUUUGUCAUCUGGGGGUCACUGCUGUUCUACAUUGUCUUUUCACUUCUCUGGGGAGGAGUGAUCUGGCCGUUCCUCAACUACCAGAGGAUGUACUACGUGUUUAUCCAGAUGCUGUCCAGCGGGCCCGCCUGGCUGGCCAUCGUGCUGCUGGUGACUGUCAGCCUCCUUCCCGACGUUCUCAAGAAAGUGCUGUGCCGGCAGCUGUGGCCGACGGCAACGGAGAGAGUCCAGAGGGGCGCGAAGCACAAGGCUCCGGUCCAGGCCGCACAGAGCAGCGACAGGCCCCUCCUGAAGGAUCUCCUACGGCGGCCACGGCGCAGUUAGCUCCAUGCUAGAGCCCAGGCUACCAGAGCACCUGUCCCUCGGCUGCCUGGAGCGGCUCCAGGCCUCAGCGGGUGACGCUCGCGGUCUGGAAGGGGAAGGUGUCCGCGGAGCCCCCACCCACCCCCAGCUGUUCCCAUCACUGCUACAGUUCCAGCCCAAGGCACGGCUGCCCUGGGUCCCUCGUGGGAAUGCUCGUGUGAUGGGCGACCCCAAGCCGGUGGAGACUGUGCUUGUGCCUCUUCCUGGCCCCCAGCAGGCAAGGAGGGGCCACAGGCCUUGCCUCAAGCGUGGCCGUUGGCCAUCUGGACUAGCGCUGUGGUGGUUCAGCCACAGUGGUGGCCUCCGGGCAUUCAGCUCAACUCAGAAGGGACAUUCUGCUGGCCCACCCUGCACGCUGUCAAGAAGAGGCUGUGCCCCCAGGCCUGUGUCUUCACCCACCUGCCGUCAUCAGCCUUUGCUGUCACUGGGAGAGAAGAGCCAUCCAGGGACCUGUGGUGGCCCACGUGUGGACGCUGCCCACUGCUGUGUCCUGCUUGUCUGGCCGCCACCCAUGCCCUCCGUAGGGCAAGGUGAAGCUGUAGCAGUACGUCCUUUACCCAAGAACCCUCAAUGCUCUUGUUGUGGGAAGGGCCAGGUCACUGGGACACUAUCAUCCCCACUGACGCAAGGCUGUGCCCUGCUCAUCUGGGGGUGUUUCCCCGCAGUUAAGGCUGAGCCCGCCUGCCCUGUGUGUCAGGCUGGCUGAGUUGCGGUCUCUUCCCAUCACUGGCAGGCUCCUGAAGAAAGCAGUGCCGCGUGGGAGGACAGGGCCACGCCAGCAGCUCCCGGCCCUGCAGCAGAAACGCCAGGAUGUCCGUCGGCCACUUGCCUGAGCGUGGAGCCGUCAGCCCACCCUCACCACUUUUAUGGGAGAAUGUUGAUUUCAUGGGUGCAAGGGACAGGGGGACAGAUACUUUGCCGUGAUGGGCAGACAUCCUCUGUCCCCAUGGAGGGGUGACCACCAAGGUGGUGUUCAUGCCCCAGAACCUGUCUCGGGCUGAUGGGGGCGGCCCACAGGAAGGGGGUCAAUCCCAACAGGCAGCACUGCGCCCCUGCCUGCCGGGCUCUGCCUCCCUGCGCCCCCUUGUCCCCGCGUCCCCACAUCCCCACGCAGGGCUCUCCUUCCUCAUAGGAUUCCAUUCCGCUCUGCUCUGGGUGGAUUAGCAACCCAACGGCUGCUGUCAUAGGAAGUCCCUGUUGCUCUCUAUACCGGCAUUUCUAUUUCUAGAAACCUUUCCGUAGCCUUAAUGGUCCUUAAAGAAGACAUUUCAGUGUGGAAUCCAACUUCAGUCGCUGAAACUGCUGCCUUUUGGGAAAGCACCAUCGGAUGCGCAGGAGCCGUCCUCACGCCCGCACGCACGCACCACGCCGGGAAACGGGGCUGCGGCAGGGGAAGCCCAGGGCGGUUCCGAGGUGCUUGACAGUAGGUGUUUUUGGAAGCUCAAAUUUCACCAUUUGAUUGUAUAAUCUUUUACCUAGAAAAUAUUUAUUUGAACUAGAGGAUAAAUCAACGGUAAGAACGGUGAACACAGUGGCUGGGAUGAACUAAGGCGACAAACACCACACCAAAGAUUAGGGUAGUGAGCAGCUGGCUUGAGCAGACAGAAUGCGGAGAACUCCACGCUGUCUCGAGGGGCCGUCCCGCCCCGAGGUCCGUGUGCGGCCGCCCUGGCUAGGCAGCCCUGCCCACGCCACCCCACAAACAAUGGUGUGUGCAUUUUUACAGCCCUUUUUAAGAGCCCAACAUGGGUAUAAAUGUAAUACCUGUAGGGAGACAGGUUCUCUGUAUGUUCAGUUAACAAAUUAUUUGUAAUGUAUUUUUUUAGAAAUCUUAAAAUUGCCUUUGCACUGAAGUAUUUUCAUAGCUGUUUAUAUCACUUUUAUUCAUUUAUUUAACAUAUGGUCUAAUUUUAAAACUAUGUUUUUAAAGCUUUCCUUUUUAAGUUUAUGAAAUUUUGGCCACUUUACAUUUAGAUUCUGGGGAGACUAUUGACUGAAUGUUCCAAUCUCUGAUGAAUGUGAAUUUCCAGGUUUGAUUUUAGUCUCUACGCACACCUCUUCCUUUCUUGGCAUUUCUGGUGGCGGUGAUUAGUUGAACAGCAUAUUUAAGGUACGAUAAUUUGCUGCGUUUUUUCUUUACAAUUCAUUGCAGGUUCAUCUGCUUUCUAUGUUUUGUUAAUUUCCAUCCUUCAGCCUUAAAAGUAGAAGAUUCUCACGUGAAGGGUUAGUAAGCUGGGGCCCAGUUCUGCUUGUCGAGUUAGUCACCACGUACCUCUGACAACAAGUCUUAGUGUGACAGUCACUAAACUUUUACACACUCCCAAACAUCUUUUUAAAAACUGCUUGGGAAAUUACUAAAUGAAUGUGCCUGAUAAUUCGAAAUAGACAAGCGGCACGAGAC